GCCUGUAAAAUGUGAAACUAACACAGUCACUCACACUGAGUUGAGAAAAUGGCACAGAAAGCUCUAUAUGAGGAAACCAUCACAUGUUCCAUCUGUUUGGAAAUAAUGAAGGAUCCGGUGACUAUCCCCUGCGGACACAGCUACUGCAGGGACUGUAUCCAAACUCACUGGGACCAGAAGCAAAGGUACAGUUGUCCACAAUGCAGAGAGUGUUUUGUCCUCAGGCCUAUCCUUGUCAAGAGCACAGUGUUAGCUAAUAUAGUGGAGGAGCUGAAGAAGGCAAGGUUAACAGAGCCCCCUGCUCAUCACUGCUACGCUGUUCCUGGAGAUGUGAGUUGUGAUGUGUGCACUGGGAGGAAGCUGAAGGCUGUCAGCUCCUGUCUGCAGUGUGUGGUCUCUUAUUGUGAGACUCACCUCCAGCCUCAUCGUGAUGUGGAAGUACUACAGAAACACCAGCUGGUUGCACCCUCUGACAAACUCCAGGAAAACCUCUGCUCUCUACAUAACGAGGUGAAGAAGUUGUUCUGCUGCACAGAUCAGCAGCUCAUCUGCUCACUCUGCUCUGUGGAUCAGCAUAAGGGCCAUGAGACAGUGUCCAGUGCAGUAGAGAGGGACCAGAGGCAGACACAGCUCAAGUCUCUGCUACUCCAGAGCCUCCAGGACAAAGAGACAGACCUGAAGAAGCUUCAACAGGAUGCCCAGGACAUCAGCCACUCUGCCCAGACGGCGCUGCAGCAAAGUGGGGAUAUGUUCACUCACAUGGUCCUUCUCCUGGAGGAAAGACGAUCUGAAGUGGAGCAGCAAAUCGAGUCUGAGCACAAAACCAAACUGAGUCAAGUCCAAGACCUCCAAGACCAAGUGCAGCGGGUCAUCUAUGAGCUGAAGAGGACCAUUUCUGAGGUGGACACACUGUCCCUGACUCCAGAUCACAACCAGUUUAUACUGCGCUGUCCCGCACUGUCUACACUCACAACAUGGACAGAGUCCAUGGUCCAGACCGAAAUAAGGGGGGACUAUGAGGAUAUGAUGAGAGCUGUCUCAGUUCUCAGAGACAAACUGCAGUUCACUCUGAGAGAGUUUAAACUGCCUGAAUUGGAGCCAUGCACCAGAGAGCACUUCAUCCGUUAUGCACAAGGCAUUACAAUGGACCCCAAAACUGCUCACGCAAAACUGUCUCUAUCUGAUCAAAACAGAACAGUCACACAUGUGGAUAAAGAUCUCGGAUAUCCUGAUGACCCGGAGAGGUUUGGUAGGUGGUGCCAGGUCAUGAGCAGAGAGAGUCUGACAGGCCGAUGUUACUGGGAGGUGGAGUGGAGCGCAGACUGUGGUGUUCGUAUAGCAGUGUCCUACAGAGACAUUAAGAGGCAAGGGAACUUCACUGAAUGUGUAUUUGGGAACAAUGAUAAAUCCUGGGCCUUAUACUGCGAGAAAGGCAGAUACUUGUUUUGGUUCCACCAUGUCAAGUCUAUGGUCUCAGGUCCAUUUUCCUCCAGAAUCGGGGUUUACCUGGACCACAGCGCUGGGACUCUUUCCUUUUAUAGUGUUAACGGUCAGAGCAUGAGCCUCCUCCACAGAGUCCACACAACCUUCACGCAGCCUCUGUUCGCUGGACUCCGAUUUAAUAAAUCUGGAGACACUGCCCAUUUCAUUAAACUCAAAUGA